AUGAAACUCCACGUAACUGAGCUGCCCCAGACUACACUCACCCUGGAGCCUCCAUUCCCAGAGAUAUUCACCGGGGAGACAGUCACUCUGAGGUAUGUUCAUCCCAAGGCUGUCCUGACCCUGCAGUCUGCCUGGGCACAGAUAUUCACAGGAGAUACAGUCACCCUGAGGUGUGAGGUGGAGGGGGGCUCUGCUGGCUGGAGGUUUAAACAGUACAGAGAUGGACAUGAAGAGGCAUGGUGCAGUGAUCAAUACAGCAGGAGAGAUGGGGACAGCUGCACAAUCAGUUACGCUCAGAAUUCCCACAGUAGAGUGUACUGGUGUGAGUCUGGACAGGAGCGCAGUAAUGCUGUCACCUUAAGUGUGUCCAAGCUGUUCUCUUGGGUGACUCUGACAGCCUCUCCAGGAGCCACAGUGAAGGAGGGAGAGGCUCUUAACCUGACCUGUGAGGCAGCAGUGAACAAAACCCCCCGCCCUGAACUCCACUACACCAUUGUGAGAGACGGGGAGCCUGUGACUAACAGCACUGACUCUGCACUGUACAGCAUAGCCAGCACUGAGAAGAGCCACACUGGGAGCUACACGUGUGCUGUGGAGUCACAGGGAGUGAAGAAGAGCAGCCAGGAGUUACACAUUGAAGUGCAAACGUCCUGGCACAGCGCUGUUGCUAUUGGCUACAGAGUGAGCUUCACUCUGAUUCAUUUCAUUGUGUUCACUCUGCUGCUCCUUCAAUACUGCAGGAUCCAAGGUGAGACUCCCAGUCAGUGCACACAUUUCACCUGGCCUGUCACAGCACACAUGCAGGCUUCUUCCUGUGAUUUCUACAGUGUGAACAGCACACCCCAGUCUUAGGGAUAGUUCAUUAAAAAAGAAUGAUUUCCUCAUUAAAUAUACACAGCUAAUUUACAGUGUCCAAAAUAAACAUUUAGCAAGUUUAUAUAAACACAUAUAACACAAUUAUAAGAAACAAACUGAAAACAAUCUGCAUAU